AUGUCUAUGGAAAAAUCUGUGCUUCGAACAGCGCUGACCUUUGGAGUUACUCGUCGCUUUUUGGUACCCAAGUGUUUCAUUUUGUAUUCUGCCUGUGUUCAAGUGUAUACUUCAGCCACCGGUGCAGCGCCAAAUCAAAGUUCUCCGGCUUUUUUGCGAGCGUCUGUUAGUCCCUCUCCAUCUUUAAAAUCCAUUGCGAGAACUACGAGACUUGUUGUGGAAACAAAAGCAUUGAAGAUGUUUAAUUCAACAAAUAUGAGUUUAAUGAACAUGCCGAAACCUUCCAGUGGAGUUCUAGUCUCAAGCAGACAGACAACAGUGGUUAUUGAAUCUUCCAUUAGGACUAAUACAAACUUUAGAGGCAAUGGCGAGCCAACAAACAGAGUACGCGUUCAACAUGCUGAUGAGGACAAGAGCGUCGUAUUCUACAGAAAGGUACGUUGACUGGUGUGUUUGGCUCGUCACAAUUAUCACCUCUUAACCUACCAAUUACGAUAACUAACCUAAUUCAAUUUAUUUCAUUCAUUUCUUCCCUUAGAAAAAUUAGGCCUUGCUAGUUAAGGAAGGACUGUGCAAGAGCUUGCGCAUUUAUCGUGACAUUGUGAUGGUUUCUGAAAUUCCAUUACCAUACGCUUCAGAUUCCAAUCGGCACACUACAUCGUAUUUAACGAGAUAGGCGAAAAAGUUAUUCCGCUAGCGGAUAGGUGCAAGGGACUGUACUAGAUCUUAGGAAAAAUUUGAAAAAGGAAAAAAUUACCCUGUCUAGAGUGCUUCCCUGUAUGGUCAUGAGCCAUACACCGGGGGUAUUUAGUCCCCCACCCCCCGUCCCAGGGUGUAAAUUUGCAUGUACGUAACGAAGGGGGGAAAUACAACGUGUUCAUGGUUUUCAAAUGGCUGCUUUUCGUAACUUGCCCCGUUUACUAGGGAUAGAAUUCUAACGAGCUAGACUCAAUCAAACUGUUUUAUUCCACUCUCGUAUUCGCCUAUGUACAACGGGUGUAUAAAAAGCUACUCUGCAAAUUUUGUAAGAAAUCACUUUCUUAUCUACCUUGUGAUUGGUUGUUGCUGAGUGCUGACUUAAAAGGUUAUUUAAGGUUGCGUUGAUCAUGUAAACCGAUCAAUGUCCCAAAAUCACUUGAGGCGGUGCUUCUAGCUCUUGACAUAAUCAUGUUUACACUCAUCAUCUAACAUGUGUCGACGUCACGCACGAAUCACAAAGUCUCCGACAUGCUUUGAUAUUUCUGUUUCACAACCUUUGUAAGAUAUAUUUGGCAUUUUCUAUCGUUUAAAUAAUGCAAUUUAAUUACCAAGUCCCUAUAGUUAAAAUAGAAGUAAAGCGGUAUAAAAUGUACUAUAUGCAAGACGACACAAAACCAGAAAUUAACAUCGACAUUUAAAGGCCAAAAAAUAGCUGGCGUUGUUCUGAUCUCUCACUCAAAUAGCUGUGUUUUUUUAACAAGAUAAUUUGGUUGUAUCAACUGAGUUGAUCAUGUAAAUUAGCCACUGUAAAGAGUCUCAUAGCUGACGUUUCGAGCGUUAGUUUUUCGUCAGGGCGAGUUUUCUAUACAUAUGUGUAACGGGAUCGCUUGACUCUCCAUGUAUAUACAGCUGCUUCAAGAAAUUUUGUUGGAAUAAAACAGGACAAAAGUGCACGUGACAAUCUCGAAAGAGUUGAAUACGCACACAGCGAUCAGCUUGCGUGAGUUUGAAAUUUGCUCAAAGAAAUGGUUAAGAUAAAAUUGAAAACGAAAAAAUUGACAAUUCAGAUUCUGGACUUGGACGUUUAGUCGAGAGAAAACGCCUUCAUUGUGAUUUUUUUUAGCCGACUACUGGUGUCAGAGAUCGAUAUCCUCCUAAAGGGAACCUAGGCGAAGGCGUCUCAUGCAAUAUCUAUUCUUUCUUCUUCAGAUUGGCGGUUGGAUAACCCUGGGAAUUGUAUCUACCACCCUUUUGUUUCUUAUAAUCACUCAUUUUAGCUCUAUAUAUCACGUCAAUCAGAGAGGACGGAUACCGGAUCCAUACUGUUCCGUGUCUCAAAAACCACAGGAUAUUUGAAUGGUUGGGCUCAUCGUCGACGUGCAAAUCGGCUGCAGGCGGCAAGCGUAUGGGACUGGUGCUAAUAUCUCACAAACACGGACCUUUUGUAAGAAGCCAGUCGUAACAAUUCUUGAAGUGGUGGACAUGUCGAGUUAUUCGCUAGGAUGUAGAAUGAUCACUUUCGAUGAAGAAUUGAGUCAAGAAGUAUAUUAGACUUUUGCGUAUGGGGAGUGUAUUACUUACGAUCGAAAAGUUACACCUCUGUUGAAAAAUAGGAACUUUUAGAGUUAGGGUUCUAUUUUAUUUCAUUUAUUUAUUCAUUUACAAAAUUUAAACAGACUGGCUCAAUCCAGCUUCAGAGCUGGUUUCAAUAAGGGCCUGUAUAAAACAACAAGGCCAGACCACAACACCGGGGGCUAUGUUCCACACGCUUUGCGAGAAGUGCAAGGGUUCCUUAACGUACCCUGCUAACCAGUACAGGGAAGAUGCAAGCGUCGGGGCCCAUGUUAUAUCGUCCUUAUCUGUGAAGACUAGAAUAUCUAAUCAUUUUCGAGGCUAAAAACCCUCCACUUCCUGCACUGUAGUCAGGUGUUUUACAACACGAGCUAACGAAACCAC